CACUUUUUCUCAAAAUACAAAUAAUUCCCUCACUCUCUUCCAUUCAAAAAAACAACUAGAUUCAGAUUCUGAUUCAAAUUCCUAAACGAUCAACCUAAAAAACGCAACAACAGCGACCAAAACGACAUCAACAAUAACCAUGAACGACAUUCAAGUGUGGAACAACGCCGCCUUCGACGACCACGGCGGCGACGCCUUCUUCCCGAUGAAGACUUCUUGGUCUUCCUCCGAGUGCACCAAAGAAAACCUGAGUCCUACCGCACUGAAUUCCUCCCCGAAACCCAAGAAGAACACCAAGACCAAGGCUUUCGCUCUCUCUUCCGAUGACAACCGAAACAUCGACGACGAAAUCGAAGCAAUCGAGCGCGAGAUCACGCGCCUCACCACUCGCCUCGACGCUCUGCGUCUCGAGAAGGCCAAGCGCGGAAAGCGCGUGGUGGGCAGAGCCGUUCCCGCGAAGUUCAUGGAGCCGCGCCCGAACGCCGCCGUUUUGAGAAAACUCGAAGAAACGCCGAAGACUAAGGUAAAGAGCACUAAUAAUAAUCACAACGCGUGGCGGCGAGGGAUGAGUAUGGGGCCGGCGGAGAUAGCGGCGACGCCGGCCACCACGCAGAGUCGCCGGAAAUCGUGUUUCUGGAAGCUUCCGGAGAUCGACGAAGAAUCGAGGGCGAAGACCGUUGGUAGAGUGAAGAAGAAAGAGGAAAGUUCGGUGGUUCAGGGUCAGAUUCAGGCGAGGAAGAUGUUUGAGAGGGAGAAGGUGAAAUCGGUGUGUGAGAGUAACAAGAAGACGGUGAAGCAGGGUAGGAUGGUGGCGAGUAGGUAUAAUGGCGGUGGUGAUGUGAGGAAGAGGUCGUUGCCAGAGGGAGGGAGUGAGAUUAGGGUUAAGAAGAGGUGGGAGAUUCCCAAGAACGGGGAAGAAGAAGAAGCUGUUUCGUCAAUGGUGGCGGGUGAAGUGAUGGUGCUUCCGAAGAUUAAGACUGUUAAGUGUGUUAAUGAAAGUCCCAGAGACUCUGGUGCUGCGAAGAGAGUUGCUGAAUUGGUUGGAAAGAAGCCUUAUUUUUGCACUGACGAGAAUGAUGUCUGCCAAGUUCUAAAUUUUGUAGAAGAAGAAGAAGAAGGGGGCUGAAAUGAUCAAUGAUCUAAGGUUUUAUACAUCACUGGUGACAAUGAUGAUUGUUAGAUUCUAAAUUUUUGAGAAGGAGAAGAAGAACGGGAAUGGAUCAAUCAAUGUCCAGUUAGCUACCGGCGCACAAUAGAGUUGUGGUAUAGUAUGGAAUGGUAUUGGAUUUUUUUUUUCGGUACGUUUUUGUUUUUUACUUGGUAUAUAUAGAACUUCCUAAGUUCUGAUUGAAUUCUGUGAGCUGAACCACAAGGUGGAAGUGCUUUGGUUGGUUCAGACUUGCUCUUUUUACAUGUUGCUAAAUAAUGAAGUAAUCAUCUAUGGUUCUUUCAA